AUGAAGAUCAAUUCAGAGUCGGUGGUUCUAGACCAGGUGCGCGUGUUCACCGCCCGUGUCCACUUGGUAGUGCUUGAAGAAUUGGUCAAGUUCGUUUAUGGGGAUCCAAAAUCAGUACUCGACGUUGGAAAGACCGAGACCGGAGUAGCGUACUACAGUUCUCGCGCUAUCCUGACACCGUUGAACGUCAACUUCGAUUCCAUCAACGUCGUCUGCCUCAAUUGGCUGCCGGGUCGUCUUAUUUUAGUCCAGGCUGUUGAUCAAGUUCUCAGUGAUAUCGCCGAGACCUCCGCGGCAGAGCCGCGAGUUCCCUAG